UUUGGUUUUGUCACUUUCAGUACUGUAUCUUCUUCUACCUACCUUUUAUCGGGUCUCCCCGCAAAUCCUCAGUUAAACCCUAAUUCACGUGAAUUAUCCCUCCUGAUGGAUCGAUUUCUUGCGUUUCCUUGAGGAGCAACGGUUGGGUAAUCUUUUGGCUGAGGAGGCGGGAAGAGAUGGCUCGGCAAAUGACGUCCCACUCUCACAGAUCAAAGACUCUCGACAACAAAUACAUGCUGGGAGAUGAAAUUGGGAGAGGAGCUUAUAGCCGAGUUUACAAAGGAUUAGACCUGGAAAGUAGGGACUUUGUGGCAGUUAAGCAAGUCUCGUUGGAGAAUAUUGCUCAGGAGGAUCUUAAUAUUAUCAUGCAAGAAAUCGAUCUAUUGAAGAACUUGAACCAUAAAAACAUUGUGAAAUAUCUUGGAUCAUUGAAGACAAGGAGUCACCUUCAUAUUAUUCUGGAGUAUGUUGAGAAUGGUUCACUCGCUAACAUUAUCAAACCAAAUAGAUUUGGACCUUUUCCAGAAUCAAUUGUAGCUGAUUACAUUGCUCAGGUCUUGGAAGGCUUGGUAUAUCUGCACGAGCAAGGUGUAAUUCAUCGCGAUAUCAAGGGUGCAAACAUUUUGAUAACCAAGGAGAGUCUUGUCAAGCUUGCUGACUUUGGAGUUGCCACUAAACUAAAUGAGGCUGACGUCAACACUCAUUCGGUGGUAGGAACACCAUACUGGAUGGCUCCUGAGGUUAUUGUAAUGUCAGGAGUUUGUACAGCUUCUGACAUUUGGAGUGUUGGAUGCACGGUUAUCGAGCUUUUGACGUGUGUGCCUCCUUACUAUGAUUUGCAAACCAUGGCAGCCCUCUACCGUAUUGUCCAGGAUGCCCACCCUCCAAUUCCUGAUAGUCUGUCUCCAGCCAUUACUGACUUCCUAUGCCAGUGCUUUAAGAAGGAUGCCAGGCAGAGACCUGAUGCUAAGACACUGCUCUCUCACCCCUGGAUACAGAACUCUAGACGUGCAUUGCAGUCAUCACUCCGCCAUAGUGGAACUAUUAGAUAUAUUCAGGAAGCGUCUGCAGUAUCAGAAAAUGCUGAUGAAGAUGGUGAAGGUUCAGCUGAAAGCCUUCCAACCGAAAAAUUGUGGAUAUCAAAAACUAAAUUGAAAAGCAAAUUAGUUCUAGAGGAGGUGGCUAGUUUGAGGUCUGACAAGGAUCAAUCCUUCCCCAAUGAUCUUGACGAGGAAAGAGCAGAUAAUUCAGAAGAUGGUCUAAUGUCAGAUCAAGUUCCUACAUUUUCUAUUCUUGUGCAAUCUGCUCUUCAAUCUGGCUCUAGCGCAAUCUCUUCAGGUGCAAAGAUGACUUCUCAAGAUUUAUCAGAGUAUCAUGGGAAGUUUGACCAUGAUGAAACACCUGGAAUUGGUAAAGUGGAAGCUUCUGAAACAAGGAGAAAUCUUGUAGGAAUAAAACAGGUGGGAAACGAAAGCUCUUUCCUGGCUGAACAGACAUCACAUGAGCUUGGACAAAAGGGCCAAGAUCAUGACCUUCAGAAGGCUGUGAAGACUUCAUCACAUGUUGGAGGGAAUGAACUGACUAGAUUUGGUGACCCUCCUGGAGAUGCUUCUUUGGAUGAUUUGUUUCAUCCAUUGGAUAAUGGUACUGAGGGAAAACCAAAUGAACCCUCAACAUCUGCACCCACAUCAAAUGUCAACCAAGGCGAUUCUCCUAUGGCCAAUGGUGGAAAGAAUGACUUGGCGACAAAGUUGAGGGCUACAAUUGCUCAAAAACAAAUUGAGGGUGAAACAGGGCAGUCAAAUGAUGAUGGCAACCUUUUCCGCUUGAUGAUGGGUACUUUAAAAGAUGAUGUUAUCGACAUUGAUGGCUUGGUAUUCAAUGAAAAAUUGUCUGCGGAGAGUCUCUUUCCUCUGCAGGCUGUUGAGUUUAGCAGGUUGGUGAGCUGCUUAAGGCCAGAUGAAUCUGAAGAUGCAAUAAUAUCUGCCUGUCUGAAACUUAUUGGUAUUUUUCACCAGAGACCCGAGCAGAAAGCACUUUUUGUUACACGGCAUGGUUUCCUUCCUCUAAUGGAUCUGCUCGAUAUUCCCAAAUCUCGUGUUAUAUGCUCUGUGUUGCAGCUGAUAAACGAAAUCAUUAAAGAUAACACAGACUUCGUGGAAAAUGCUUGUCUUGUAGGCCUUAUUCCUGUUGUCAUGAGCUUUGCUGGUCCUGAUUGGGAUCGUUCGCUUCGUAGGGAAGCUGCUUAUUUCUUGCAGCAGCUUUGUCAAUCAAGUUCCUUGACACUGCAAAUGUUCAUAGCUUGCCGAGGAAUACCCGUUUUGGUUGGAUUCCUUGAAGCUGAUUACGCAAAAUACAGGGAGAUGGUUCACUUAGCUAUUGAUGGGAUGUGGCAGGUAUUUAAGCUCCAGAGAUCAACCCCAAGAAAUGAUUUCUGUCGUAUAGCUGCAAAGAAUGGAAUUCUGCUUAGGUUGAUCAACACUCUUUAUAGCUUGAAUGAGGCGACUCGACUGGCUUCUAUAUCAAGGGGCACACUGAUUGUGGAUGGUCAAGCUCCACGAGCAAGCUCUGGUCAACUUGAUCUUAACCAUCCCAUUUUUAUUCAAAAUGAGAUAUCACUCACUCCUAUUGAUCAGCCUGAUGCAUCGAAAACUAGGCAUGGAAGUGGUGAAGAGCCUUUUCCUGCUUCUACUUCAAAAUCUCAAAGAUCAGACAUGGAUGGUGAGAGGCCUAGAUCAAGCAGUGUAGCACCAGAUGCUUCAACUUCAGCCACAGAAGUUGAUGUUAGACAGCAGAGGAUAUCUCUCUCUGCCAAGAGGACAUCUACAGACAGGCUUCAGAAGUUGGCAGAAGGUGCAUCUAAUGGUUUUCCUGGUGCAACAGCUUCUCAACCAGAACAAGUUCGACCUUUGCUUAGCUUGUUGGAGAAGGAACCUCCUUUAAGACACUUUUCUGGUCAACUGGAUUAUGAAAAGCACAUCGCUGGUGUAGAAAGACAUGGAAACAUUCUUCCCCUUUUGCAUGCAACAUAUGAGAAGAAAACUAAUGAAGAACUCGAUUUUCUGAUGGCUGAAUUUUUAGAGGUCUCUGGGCGUGGAAGAGAAAAUGGAAAUCUUGAUACUGUGGCUAAAUAUUCCAGUAAAACGGUGACAAAAAAGGUUGCAGCUACUGAAGGAACUGCUUCUACAUCUGGGAUUUUAUCUCAGACGGCAUCUGGAGUACUCUCGGGUUCAGGUGUUCUAAAUGCUAGACCUGGAAGUGCCACAUCAUCUGGUUUACUUGGCCAUAUGGUUUCUACACUGAAUGCAGACAUUGCCAGGGAAUACUUGGAAAAAGUGGCUGAUCUCCUCCUUGAAUUUGCUCGAGCAGAUACAACCGUAAAAACAUACUUGUGUAGCCAAAGUUUGCUUAGUCGUCUUCUCCAGAUGUUCAACUGCUUGGAGCCUCCUAUCCUUCUGAAGUUAUUGGAGUGCAUCAAUCACUUGUCCACUGAUCCAAAUUGCUUGGAGAAUCUUCAGCGGGCAGAUGCGAUUAAGCAUUUGAUCCCCAACCUUGAGCUUAAGGAUGGACCCCUUGUGUAUCAAAUCCAUCAUGAGGUGCUUAGCGCGCUAUUCAACCUCUGCAAGAUAAACAGGAGGAGGCAAGAACAAGCGGCUGAAAAUGGAAUCAUUCCACACCUGAUGCAUUUUAUUACGACAGACUCUCCUCUGAAACAAUAUGCAUUACCGUUAUUAUGUGAUAUGGCUCAUGCAUCUCGUAGUUCAAGAGAGCAGUUAAGGGCACAUGGUGGUUUAGAUGUUUGCUUGAGAUUGCUCAACGAUGAGUUCUGGUGUGUGAUAGCCUUAGAUUCGAUUGUUGUUUGUUUGACUCAUGACAAUGAUGACCGGAAGGUGGAACAAGCUUUGCUUAAAAAGGACGCGAUUCAGAAACUGGUUAGAUUCUUCCAGACCUGUCCAGAGAGACAGUUUCUGCAUGUGUUGGAGCCGUUCUUGAAAAUCCUCACGAAAUCAAGUAGAAUCAAUACGACCUUAGCUGUAAAUGGGUUAACUCCAUUACUCAUCGCGAGGCUGGACCAUCAAGACGCCAUUGCCCGUCUUAAUCUCUUGAAACUUAUCAAGGCUGUGUACGAGCAACAUCCACGACCAAAACAACUAAUAGUAGAGAACGAACUUCCUCAGAAACUGAAGAAUCUGAUAGAGGAAAGGAGAGAUGGAGGAGGAGGAGGAGGAGGAGGAGGACAGGUUCUGGUCAAACAAAUGGCGACAUCACUCCUCAAAGCUCUUCACUUCAACACUGUCUUGUGAAGAAUCUAUACAUACAUCACCACACCAAUAUGGCGGUGCUGUGUUGUAAAUGCAAACUGUAUAUUAACAUUCCCUUUUUGGAACCAUACAAAAAAAAAAAAGAGAUUUUGUAAUGAGAAGUGGUUGUUGCUUUUGGUGGUGCCCUUUGUUUUUUGUAGGCCCUCAAGAGCUUCCUGCAACAGCAACUCUGAUUAAUGUAUUGAAUGACACAAAGUGUUGUAUAGAAAUCCAUAUGCUUGUUUGAUGAA